AGUUGAAGUUGAGCUUGAGUAUGAUAACUACAAUGGUACCUUUGUUUUUUGGGACAAGGACGUUAUUCCUUACAUGAAAUUGAGUGCAAAGGAGUUAAGAGAAGUUAUGAAGAAGGCUGGUGAAGAUAACCCUAAGAUUUGGCCUGUUCACCUUGAUGUGUUGUUGAACAAACAAAUGGUUUUCCGUGUCAAAUAUCAAUCGAGUUUCGAGCAAUUCUCUAUCGUCACAAUACUUAACGAGGACAACCUUUUCAACACUUUUGACAACCACCUCUGCCCUAAUGAGCUUACUUCAAAUGCUGCUGUUAUGGAUAAUGAAGCCAACACUCCUACCGAUCAUCCAAUUCAACCAACUGUUACACAGUCUGAAGAACUAGAGCUAACUGCACAACCAUCCUUGGUUGCAAACCUUUCAGGGAGCCCAACUACAAGCUCUAGCUCCACUCCUGCCAAGCGUGUUGCUGCAUCAACCAGUGUAAAUGAACCCACUCUGGCUGAAGAACUGACCCCUAAGCAAUCUGCUACGAAGGCCAAGUCUGGGAAGAAAAUCAAACAUAUCAAGAAGGAGUAAUUUGGGAGAGCCUCAUUCAGAAGCCAUAUCUUUUUUGAUGCAACUUUUUAUUUGACACCUUCUAUGUAAGGAAACUAUUCAAGUACUAUAUGUUUUGUAGUUUGAU